CGCUUCUCCCUGAAUCGUGAAUACCACCUUGCACCUUCUUGCGAUCCCCUGACCGUCCGUUGAUUGGUUCCCUGCUGCCACCCGCGGAAUGGGCUUCCAAUCCCUCCCAUUGUGACGUUGUCGUUUGUGUUUAUUCCCUGCCAUUAUAUUAUACCGCUUUGCGUCCUCGUGAUGGGAGCGCUUUCUUCCUCACCUACUUUUGCGCUCGAACUCGACAUACUACAUUAGACUCGCCUUCCCCCCUCGUGGCUUCUCUCGCCUACUGGGCACCACCUACUGCCAGCAUCUCCAGCAACUGAGCACUCAUCGUUGCCUCCAUCAUGGGGACGGACAUUGGGACGGCGCUGGAGCAAGCCGGCGGUACUGGUAAGAACAAGGAAGGUAUCUCCAUCGCGACCUUCGUCGCCUCUCUGGCCACAGCCAUUAUUGUCUUCGCCGUCGAAUUCUUGUGCUUCUUGCUUCUCAAGGGGAAGCUCACCCGCAUAUACCAACCAAGGACUUACCUAGUUCCCGAUAGAGAACGUACGAAACCGUCGCCGCCCGGCCUCUUCCGAUGGAUCGCGCCCGUCUUUCGUACCUCCAGUUCCGAAUUCAUACAGAAGUGUGGCCUGGAUGCCUACUUCUUCUUGCGCUACCUACGAAUGCUUCUGAAGAUCUUUGUGCCUCUAGGAUGCCUUAUACUGCCAGUCCUUAUACCCUUGAAUAAAGUGGACGGUAAGGACACGAGCUAUAAAAACGGUACCAAAAGUGAUGGCCAGUGGAACGUCACCGGUUUGGACCAGCUUGCCUGGGGCAAUGUCAAGCCGGAAAACACUUCCCGCUACUGGGGCCACUUAGUCAUGGCCGUCAUUGCGGUGUUCUACGUGUGUGGCGUAUUCUUCGACGAACUCAAAGGUUAUAUCCGUCUCCGACAAGCUUACUUGACUUCCCCACAACAUCGACUCCGAGCGUCUGCGACGACGGUCUUGGUGACAGCCAUCCCAGAAAGCUGGCUCGCCGUGGAUGCCCUCGAAUCACUAUACGACGUAUUCCCGGGUGGUAUCAGAAACAUCUGGAUUAACCGCAACUUCGACGAUCUCAAUGAAAAAGUAAAGCAGCGCGAUAAACUGGCCCUUAAACUGGAGACUGCGGAGACGGAGUUGAUCAUCAAGUGCAAAAAGUCCCAGUUGAAACAGGCUAAAGCCGAUGCGAAAAAGGCCGGAAAGAAUGCACAUGCAGUUGAGACUCGGGAGAAGAAUGCCGCCGAUAGAAAUGCUGCAGAACUGGCCAUGGAUGGCGGUGUCAGCUCCGGAAACCCACACCAAGCUCGCACCCUGGAUCAGAUCUUGCAUCGUACCAAAUCAAGAAAGAAGCAUGAGGAUCAUGAGGACCACAGGGAGCCGAGGCAAAGAAAACGCCUCCUCAAUCCGCUUGAUCCUGCCAUGGAAGCAGCAGGGGUUGUCGGCCACGGUGUAGAAAAACUGGGCAAAACCAUGCUGGGAGGCAUUCGGAGAGCGGAACAUGGAUUUGACGACACCUUGACCCGAACAGGAGGAUUUGUGCCCGAUGAUGGCAAUCUAUAUGCUGAUCACGUUCCGCGUGAGACUCUCGAGGAAGAUUGGGAACCGGAAGAAUCGUAUGAUGACGCAGCAGUUGUAACUGCACCCAGCGCAUCGGAUCCUAAUCCGGCGACAAAGUCAAAGAGGCCCUUUUGGAAGUCCCAGUUGUCCAAUGAUUCCAAAAGGAGCAAGAGGAGCAACGCGAGCGAACCCGACGAAUUCCCGCUGACGGCCCCGGACUCGCCUGUUGAACCGGACGGGACUUCCGACUCUGGAAGUGUCCCUGUGAAAGAAGUGAGCAGAAGCGAGGACCUCAAGGAAGGGGACAAGCCCAAGGGAGAGGAAUACCCGGUCGCUUACAACGAAGGAUUUGACAACGAAGAGUUCGGCCACCCGCUUUGGAAGAAGUAUAUCAAGGAAAAGGAUCGCGAUACCAUGAGACUGCCAAUCUUUGGGUUUUCUUGGAUGCCGUCAAUAUGGCUCAUUGGCAGGAAGGUCGACACCAUCGACUACUGUCGCAAGGAGUUGGCGCGCUUGAAUCUUGAGAUUGAAAUCGAUCAGCAACACCCGGAAAAGUUCCCCCUCAUGAACUCGGCCUUUAUCCAAUUCAACCACCAAGUCGCCGCCCAUAUGGCAUGUCAGGCAGUCAGUCAUCAUGUCCCCAAACAAAUGGCACCUCGCAUUGUCGAGAUCUCACCGGACGACGUCAUCUGGGACAACAUGUCCAUCAAAUGGUGGGAGCGGUACCUGCGUACUUUUGGCAUCUUAGCCGUGGUCUGUGGGAUGGUGAUAGGCUGGGCAUUUCCAGUGGCAUUUACUGGCUUGCUGUCUCAGCUGUCAUACCUUGAAGCAGCAUUCACUUGGCUCCACUGGUUGUCCAAGCUGCCCUCGUGGUUCAUUUCGGCGAUUCAGGGUGUCUUGCCUGCGCUUUUUCUGGCCAUUCUGAUGGCUCUCCUGCCCCUUUGUCUUCGCUUCCUUAGCCGUACCCAGGGGCUUUCUACAGGAAUGGCUGUGGAGUUGACUGUCCAGAACUACUAUUUCGCCUUCUUGUUUGUUCAGCUAUUCCUCGUCGUCACCAUCUCGUCCAGUUUCUCCACUAUUAUCAGCAGCGUCACCGACGUCACCAGUUGGCCGGAGCUACUGGCACAGAACAUCCCGUCAUCAAGCAAUUACUUCUUCUCGUACAUGAUUCUUCAAGCGAUGUCAGUGAGUGCGGGAGCGUUGGUACAAAUCGUCAACCUGAUAAGCUGGUUCAUCCUCGCACCCAUCUUGGACAAGACGGCACGGAAGAAAUGGGGUCGGACCACGAACCUGAACCAGAUGCAAUGGGGCACCUUCUUUCCUGUCUAUACUACCCUUGCCUCAAUCGGAUUAAUCUACUGUGUCAUUGCACCUCUCAUUCUGAUAUUCAACAUGAUUACUUUCGGACUCUUCUGGUUCGUUUACCGGUACAAUACACUGUACGUGACCAAGUUCCGCUUCGAUACGGGUGGGCUGCUUUUCCCUCGAGCCAUCAACCAGCUGUUCACAGGACUUUACGUUAUGGAGAUCAGUCUGAUCGGGCUGUUUUUCUUGGUUCGCGAUGAGCAGGGUGAUGUUGCAUGCGAGGGCCAGGCAAUUAUCAUGAUCGUCGUCCUCAUCCUCACUGCCGGUUACCAAAUCCUUCUGAACGACGCCUUUGGACCCUUGUUCCGCUAUCUGCCGAUCACCCUGGAGGAUGAUGCAGUGCGUCGGGAUGAGGAGUUCGCGCGGGCCCAGAGGACGCGCCUCGGACUUCCUGAGGAGGAAGUGGAUCCGACAGACACCAUCGAGCACCAGCUAGCUGAACGUGAGCACAUGCAGACCCAAGCCGACAGAAUGUCACGUGAUAUCGAGAUGAAGAAUCUCGAGUCUUCUUCAGAGCGACACGAAUCCCCCCAUCACGUACACAGGCCGCAUCUCGGGCCCCAUCGCACAUCAUGGGCCGAUCGGUCUCCAAACCGGCGGUCUCCGUACUACAAGACCCAUUCGGAUACUCAGGUACCCAGCAUCCAACGUCUGCGAGACAAGAUCGCAGAAGACGCUGAAGCCCAAGGACCCUCGCCGGGUAAAAUGGGCCCGGCCCUGUUUGCGGGCAUCCACGACGAGUUGGAGGACCUCACUCCCGAGGAGCGCGACCAACUCACUCAACGGGCGUUCCAACACGACGCCUUGCGUGCGAAGCGCCCGGUGGUCUGGAUCCCGCGGGACGACCUUGGCGUCAGUGACGACGAGGUGUACCGGACGCAGCGAUUCAGCAAGCAUAUUUGGGUCAGCAACGAGUACCAGGCGCUGGACGGCAAAUGCCACACCAUCUUCAGCCGCAGUCCGCCGGACUUCUCUGAAGUGGACCUCAUUCAAUUAUAGGCGAGUAUACAUGUAUAAGCGGGCAGUGUUACGACUGAUGAAAACCUUGAUUUGCUAUGUUGGGCUUUUUCUAUGUUUUUGCCAAAGGGCUUACGAGCCUGUCUGUAUCUGCAUUUACGGCGCAGGGAGUCAUUACUUACCGGGGAGCGGAGCGGCAUGUUGUUAUCGACAAACAUCCCAUCCCAUGUCUUGUGUACAUACAUAGCUAGUUACUUGCAUAGAUAGAUAGGCGAUUGCACGGGUGCAUUUCAUACAGC